AUGGCCACCUCAGCCUCUUCAGCCGCCACUCAGAAGGCUCAACCCACCUGCGAUAACGCCACCAAGCGCAAGCAGUCCAUUUCAGAUGACGACUCUGGUUCCGACUCUGAUGCUGACUCCCAGUCCAGCCCGAACAAGAAGUCCAACGCCACCUCCACCGGCAAAGUAUCAGCAAGUCAGCAGCUUGUCCCCGUUCCCGGUCAACCAAAUGCUCCUCUCAUCACCAAACGUACAUUACAGAAUCGCAAGGCACAGCGCGAGUUCCGCAAGCGUCGUGAGGCUCGUGUCAGAGAGCUCGAGGAGCGAUGUCGUCGCUUCGACCAGAUGGGUCUCGAGGCCAAUACUGAACUCCAACGUCUAGCUCGCAGACUCAAAGAUGAGAACGAGGCACUCAAGUCGCUCGUCGCUCGUCUUGGCUUUGCCCACACGAUUCCCGGCAUCGUGGAGUCGCUCAAUGGUCCCGAACCACACUACGCCCAGCACCCACACAUGGCUCACAGCGGUCCUCUUCACCACCACCCUCGGUCCUUCGCACCUCUCGACAUGGGCAUGGAUACUUGGGCACGAGGUCCAGGUAUGCCAUUGAACACAGCAGCAAUGCAGCAGAUCAACGCGCCCACCGACAACGCCACUGCCAUCGGCAAGCCACCCAAGCGCAACUCUUCUGUUUCGAAUGCUUCGGCAUCUGUACCCACUUCGGCUCCCUUUUCUUCGCUGUCCAACUUGCCCGGCCUCACAGGCUUGCUACCCGUUACUGCUGGUGGCGUCAACCCAAGUCUUUUCAGCGGUGCUGGCAACAGUUCGCGCAACAAGCGCACAAACGAGGGCGUCACUCCGGCUAUCGCUGUGCCUGCCACCAACAACAAGUCGACCACCACCGCACGACCCAUUGAGGAGAACACCACCUUCGACAGUGAUUGGUUCGCACAGCUCGCACAAUCAGGUCAAGACAAGGAGGAAGCCGACUCCACUGCUGCUAACGCUGCUUCCAACAACACGAAUGACAGCAAUGGUCGCUCCAUGAACCCCAUCCUCUCACUCAGCUUCGGCAACAAUAACAACAAUGAGGACUCCAAUUCGCAGGCCAAGUCUUCGGACAACAGCUCGGCGCUCACCGGUUCGGCUAUGCUUGGUGCUAAUGCUCGCGACUUCGGUCUCGGCCUUGCCAGCGCUCUCGGCAUCCCUGCUUCUUCGGCUCCAGGCAACAACAUCUUCCCCGUGCCCAUGCCUACUCAGCAGAAGGGUGCGCUUCUCAACCCCAACCCUAUCCCCUUUGCCUUCAACCUUAGCGACAACAAGGCUCCUGGCGAUCAGAGUUGGUGGUCGCAGGUCGCCGGCAACACUCUCGAGGGCGACGACAGCAUCCUCGACGAGAAGGCUCAGGCUGUUGCCCAAGCUACCGGUGCAUCCAACAAUGGUGCUCCCUCUCCCUUCGAUCUCUCCGCUUUCCUCAACGGCGGUCUGACGCCCGGAGGUGGCGGCUUCACCUUUGGCAGUCAGCAGAGCAACGAUGACGAUGCCAUUGAUUCCUUGAAGAGCAAUGCCAACAACAAUGCAGGCAACAACAACGAUGAUACUGUCAAGAACAAUGGCAAAAGCGGCGAGACUCAAUCGUUGACCCAGGCUGAACAUGCUCAGAUGUUCCUUCGUCUUCUUGAAGCUAAGAUGGCCAAGCGAAGCACUAGCCCCUAUGCUCAGCUGGGCUUCCAGCCUCCUUCGCACCACCAGCAGUACACUACUUCGCAGGCUGGGCCUAGCUUCUCCGAUGCUAGCUCGUCAUCAUCAUCCUCAUCUGCUGCCAAGAAGGAAGAGGAUGACUUGUCGCUGUCGCCCAUCAACGUCUACUCUCGUCUGGCACAGCACCCUGCCUUCCUCUCUACCAACGCUAGCGAGCUCGAAGAGCUAGUCGACUCGAUCAGUUCCAACCAACAACGACAGCAACAGCAGCAACCCAUCUUCCAGCCUCCGUUCAACAAGCGUAAGGCAACACCUACUAAGGCUGCGCCUGCACUCUACCCUCCUACACCAUUGGGUUUGACACCUAGCAUCUACGGUUCCAACGGCGCCGCUUCUUUAUCCAGCCGCUCGGCUUCAUCUGCCAGCGGCAAGGAGCUCGAAGUGGACGAAAAGGCGGUGACAAAGAUGCUUGGCUUGCUAGACCGCAAGACUUCUCGCGACGCUGCUGCAGCUACGGGCGGUCUUGCUUUCUAA